GCGGGAGCGCGCGGCCACUGGUGCACGUUCUCGGAGCGCGGAGUCUCCUCCCUCCCGGGCGGGGGCCCGCCCCGGCAGCAGCAGCAGCAGCAUUGCACAGACCCGCCGGGACGGCCAGCAGCCACUUGCAGGGAAGCAGUUAGUAGAAGGAGGCGGCUGGCUGGAAAACGUUUCCUCCUCCGACCAGGCUUUGAGUCUGUUUGUCCAGCAGCAGAUCCGUCCUCAAAGCAAUGGGGAAGGUUGCGCUGAGCGGGGCGCAGGCGGGCUACCCUGAGGCAGAGAGAGCAGCCCCAGCUUGCAAGCAGUGCGCCUCCCGGGCUGCCUCCUCCUGCUCCCAGCUUUGAACCUUUUGUUUUCUCCAGUCGGGGGCGGCGAGCUGCUGGCUGCUGCUAUGUCAGGCAAGUUCCAGGAGGCGUCGGAUCAGGCCAGGCUUUUGCUCUGCCGGGAUCUGCAAGGCGCGGUGGUUGUUCCGAGGCAUAAAUAUUGUCAUGAAAGUUGGAGCUCUGCUGUUUUCAGUUGUGUAAUCCUGAUUUGGUCCAGGGCCAAGGAACGUGAUACUACCCUUACAAGCUGAAAUGCCUUGAGGACCUUGGCUCUGCAUUCAUUCCUCCAGAAGCAAUGGUUUUCUCCGCAGUGUUGACAUCUGCCCAUUCUAGGACAUUGAAUGCUACUUUUAUUGUCUAUGAAAAUGCCUAUAUGAAUGUUACCACUCUCCAAUUUUUGCUUCGUAGUGGCACGACACAACCAUUGAAACACAGUUCAGGGGCCAUGGUCACCACUGAGAUAAGUACUUUACUAGUGAACCCUACAGCUAUCCUGCCAACACAAGAAGUUUUCAAGAGCUUGAGUCUGCCACUCCAGAUCAUUCUUUCUGCUGCUAUGAUAUUUAUACUGUUGGUUUCUUUUCUUGGAAACUUUGUUGUCUGCCUCAUGGUCUACCAGAAGGCUGCCAUGCGAUCUGCAAUUAACAUUCUCUUAGCAAGCCUGGCUUUUGCAGAUAUGUUGCUUGCGGUGCUGAACAUGCCUUUUGCUCUGAUAAGCAUCAUUACCACGCGAUGGAUUUUUGGAGAUAUCUUCUGCAGAGUCUCUGCCAUGUUUUUCUGGCUGUUUGUCAUAGAGGGGGUGGCCAUCCUACUCAUUAUUAGCAUUGAUAGAUUCCUUAUUAUAGUUCAGAGGCAAGAUAAGCUGAAUCCUUACCGUGCAAAGAUUCUCACUGCUGUUUCAUGGGCUGCAUCCUUUGUUGUUGCUUUUCCAUUAUCUGUGGGGAACCCCAACCUGCAGAUACCUUCUAGAGCACCUCAGUGUGUUUUUGGCUACACCACUAGUCCUGGCUACCAGGCGUAUGUGAUACUAGUUGUACUAAUUUCUUUUUUUAUUCCAUUCAUGGUGAUGCUGUACUCUUUUAUGGGCAUACUCAACACUGUACGCCACAAUGCAGUUCGAAUCCAUAGCCACCCGGACAGCAUAUGCCUCAGCCAGGCCAGCAAGCUUGGUCUCAUGAGCCUUCAGAGACCUUUUCAAAUGAACAUUGAUAUGAGCUUUAAAACUCGUGCCUUCACAACCAUAUUGAUUUUGUUCAUCGUUUUCAUAGUCUGUUGGGCACCCUUCACCACUUACAGCCUUAUUGCCACAUUCAACAGUCACUUUUACCACAAGCACAACUUUUUUGAGAUAAGCACUUGGCUCCUUUGGCUCUGCUACCUCAAGUCUGCACUGAACCCGUUGAUUUACUACUGGAGGAUUAAGAAAUUUCAUGAUGCAUGCUUAGAUUUAAUGCCCAAGUACUUCAAGUUUUUGCCACAGUUCCCCGGUCACACAAGGAGACGCAUUCGGCCAAGUGCCAUCUAUGUGUGUGGGGAGCACCGGUCAGUCGUGUAAAACUGCAGCUAUUUGACAUGAUGAUUAUUUUGUGGGAUUAUUUGUUUUGUUUUAUUUUAACAUGGCUCCUUCAACUGCCAUAUCUUAUAACUUAAGUAUGGUUUUCCAAUAUCUUGUUCAAUUUUAUGGGAAAACGUGAUUGAUUAGAACUGGGUUUACUGUCAGAAACAAUGUAAACAAAAUUACAAAUAUUACCUCCAGGAUUCAGCGGAAACCCAGACUUUUUUUUAAAUUACAUUUCUAAUAUUUUGUCAGUUUUCUGCUUAUUAAGCCUGCAAUUGCAUCUAAUUGUAGGGUUUUUUAUGCUGCUAUGGUACAGUAUAUUUAGUUGGUGUAAUUUUUCUGAAAAUGUUGCUGCUUUCUGCCAAGACAUUAGAGCCAAAAAGUCACAUUUAGGUAACUUCUGUUUAAUUUUAACAAAAUUUCAAGAGUUUUGAUGAUGACAUCAGAACAUUUAAAAAAUAUUUCCAUUAAUAUUUUGUGCACUUUACAAAACUUGCUACAGAAUCUGUUUUUCAGAAUGUUUGUGUUGCCUGUGGAGGAGGUUUUUACACAUUAUAGUGGUAGUUUAAUGAAAGAUCUGUUUAGUUUCGUGAGGGCAGAUUUACAUUGGUGUAUCUAAAACUACAAUUACUGAUUUGCUGGAUAUUGUUCCUGAAAAUUAACCUGAUGGGAUAUUAACUCCUUCAUCCUGGUGAAUGAGGAAAUGGAGGCAGAAUGAAAAGAUAAAAUAUCAUUGUACACAUUUUAAUAUUUUUGUGGUUAUGAAACUUCCAAAUCUAUUACUAUGUUCAAAAGUCAAAGUUAUAAAUUAGGGCUGUGAUCCUGUGAUUUACAGCAUGUAGGCAGACGACUGUUCCCAUUCAGAGCCCUAAGGAAGUCAGCGGGAGUCUUUGUGAGUGGAAUGCUGCACCCAGGCAUUCUAAAUGGGCAGGAUCGAGGCCUGGGAGAGUCUAUGGCCAAGGAAUAAUUGGAAUAGGUGUUUCUGGGUCCAAAAAAAAAAAAAAAAGCACAUGAACCAUGUUUUGGUGUGGGGCAAUAAUAAACACCUUCAUCUAAAGAAUGGCCACAGUCCUAAAAUUUAUAACCACGACAAAAAUUGAGAAAAUCUUUCCAUGAAAUAAUCUGAUCUGUAAUUAUAAGAAGUUGGGGAGAUGGUUUAACAAAUGGGGAAAGUUUGGGAAGCUAGUUCAGAAUUUAUAAUGGAGAGUUGGGCAGUGGGGCUUGAGUGGGAUCAAAUACGUCAAAUUCCCUACCUCUCUCCUGUAUUUCUUUAUGUUGUUUUUAUUUGCCAUCUCCCACUCACAUGGCCACUGCCCCACUCAUUUAUUAUGUAUUACAAAUCAGCUUGUUUAGUGGAAGCUUCUUUCCCUGGAAUGCCACACCAUCUCUUGGAUUCAUAUCAGGUACUGACUUUGCCUUUCUCGAUAACUGCCUUGAAAAUAUCCAUUUGUAUUUGAGAAUAGGAAAAAUGUCGGUGGAUUUCCCUCAAUGAUCAUAAUCCAGGUAUGUAUUUUUAUCAACUACAUAAACUUGUAAAUGACAGGUGAAUCGGAUAAACGGGAAAAUUUGUGGCGUUUAAGUAACAGCCCUGAAUUGGGCUUCAGAGUGGAGACAGGUACUACCACAGGGAAGAUUGUGCUUGUGGAAGGUAAAGUCUCUUCUGGGCUGUAUUUGUGCAUGGGAGGAGUGCAGCCUGCUCCCUCCACACACAAUCCCAUUGGCUACGAAUUGAAGGAGCAGAUUGCACCAGCCCUGCUCCAAUUAGGGGAUACAGUCAUCACCCUGCUACCUUCCUACCCCCUUUUUCAGCAUCCUGCUCUCCAGGAGUAAGCGGUCCCUCUGCUCUCCAGAGUACGGUGUCAGUUCUGUUAAAUGUCCCCUUCUAAGCUGCAUAAGGUGUGCGUGUGUGCAUAGAAUAUCAGGGUUGGAAGGGACCUCAGGAGGUCAUCUAGUCCAACCCCCUGCUCAAAGCAGGACCGAUCCCCGACUAAAUCAUCCCAGCCAGGGCUUUGUCAAGCCUGACCUUAAAAACUUCUAGGGAAGGAGAUUCCACCACCUCCCUAGGUAACGCAUUCCAGUGUUUCACCAGCCUCCUAGUGAAAAAGUUUUUCCUAAUAUCCAACCUAAAUCUUCCCCACUGCAACUUGAGACCAUUACUCCUUGUUCUGUCCUCUGCUACCACUGAGAACAGUCUUGAUCCAUCCUCUUUGGAACCCCCUUUCAGGUAGUUGAAAGCAGCUAUCAAAUCCCCCCUCAUUCUUCUCUUCUGAAGACUAAACAUCCCCAGUUCCCUCAGCCUCUCCUCAUAAGUCAUGUGUUCCAGUCCCCUAAUCAUUUUUGUUGCCCUCCGCUGGACUCUUUCCAAUUUUUCCACAUCCUUCUUGUAGCGUGGGGCCCAAAACUGGACACAGUACUCCAGAUGAGGCCUCACUAAUGUCGAAUAGAGGGGAACGAUCACCUCCCUCGAUCUGCUGGCAGCGUCCCUACUUAUACAUCCCAAAAUGCCAUUGGCCUUAUUGGCAACAAGGGCACACUGUUGACUCAUAUCCAACUUCUUGUCCACUGUAACCCCUAGGUCCUUUUCUGCAGAACUGCUGCCGAGCCAUUCGGUCCCUAGCAUGCAUGCAUACUGCAUAAGGCUUGUGUGUGUGUGUGCAAAGAAGCUUCUUGUUCUGUAUGAAUGCAUAGGGACCACUCACUAUCUGGAGAGCAUGUCUGGAUUAGAUUUUAUGAAGCUAUUUAGUGAAGGUCUAAGGCCACUCUCAAAGUAAUCUCUACUCCUCUCACCUAAAAAUAUUGAUAAAAAGGUAUUUGUAUUUUGAACAUAUUAAAGUAGGAAUUUUGCCUUGAUUUUUAUUUCAGUUUUAAAUAAUAUCUUGUUUUGAACAAUUAAAUGCACUGCCACUCAAUGCAGAUUUAACAAGACUGUGGGCUUUCAAGCCGAGGCACCAGGGCUAAGGUGUUGUUAAAAUGAAGAGGCCCCUUGAAGUUAGCUCUUACAUUCACAUUUAAUUCUUCUGGUGGCAUACUUGUAACGGUUAUCCUCUGAUCAGAUGACAGGCAGUAAUGGAGUUUUAGAGCAAAACAACUUGUUUUUUUGUGUUCCUCUUAGAGUACAACUCUUGUUUUUAAUGAAUUUUGCAUCUGUGGCUCCAGUUUAUGGCCGGGCUCGAUUUUGUAUUUCAGAGCUAUCCACUCCUUUUCUCUCUGAAAACAGAAACAUUGUGCUUUAACUAAUGUCAUACAAUGGGAGCACACACACUCUACCACUAGCAGGAACAGAUAUUUUGGCUCUGUCUUCCAGACAAACUAAACUGGUUUGAAUGGAUGUAAUAAAAUAAAAUAAUUCAAGGAGGAAAGAAGAUGAGUAAUCCAGUGAGGUUAGUUAAAUGAUUCCUUGAAGGGGGAACAUGACCUUGCGGGGAUUUCAUAAUCUCUGAUCUGUGCAAGCUGUGAAGUAGAAAUUGCAUCUGUCAAAAAUGUGAUUUGUCUUGGUAAUGCAAUGUUUAAGCCCACAUUGGAGCAUGUUCUCUUCUCAAUGCUUGAUCUGUUAAUGUCAGCUCUUUGCAUUGGGUCAAACUCAGAGGAGUCUUAAAGUGGGGGUGAAACAUACAAAUGGAAUAGGUUUUGGGGAUUGGGAGGUUAGCAGAAAAAAAACCCUAGCUAACCAAGAGGGAGUACAGUAAAGUAAAGGUGAGUUGCUCAGUAUAAAAAUCAGACCAGUUUACCCCAAUGUGUUAUUUACAGAACCAGUUGGUUUAUUGUGUUCAAUUGGCUGUUACAGAGCAGUGCCUUGUUAAUUUCAGUUGAAUUCUUAGGAUCAAGAUAAAGAUUGUUAAACUGCUUACUCUCGCUGGCUAUGAUCCUGCAAACAGAUGGUAACUUUACAAACAAGUGUUUGCAGUAUUAGGGCAAUUGUGUAAGAGAAAUUUUAACUGGGGCCGGGGGGGGGGGGGGUGUUAAAAUCUGAAAUUAAUUUGAUCCUUCUUAAUUUUAGGAGAUUACAAUAUUAUUCUUCCUCUCCAAAAAUGACUUUUUUUUUUUACUCAUGACUGAACUGUGUUCCCAUCUAUUAUAUUCUGAAGAUUCUUUGGUAUUGAAAAUGAAAAUGAAUGUUUUUUUUAUUACUUUGCAGUUAUCUCAGUGUUGUUCAGUCAAAGCAUGAAGCUGUCACAACUUUCAUGUGUACGAUUCUGUUGCUAAAAUGAGUUUUCUAUACUCCUAAGGGAUGUUGCAUUUCUUGGAUAGUUUUACUACUUAUGUAAAGGUAUUUAGUUAUAUAGAGAAGAAAAUGCUUUUUCUCUUUUCUUCCUCUGUUGAUUUUCACUUUUAUGCCUGAUACUUUUAUAAUUUUAUUUGGUUUUAUGCUUAGACGACUGCCAGAUUUUAAUGUUCUUUCUAAGAACGUGAGAGAUUUUUCACUCUCAAGUCAUGCAAUGUUGCCCUCCUUGAAAGAUUUAUUGGUUCAUUUUUCUGUGAAAGCAGAACUCCAGAACACACAUUUGUUGCAGCGAAAAGGGUGAAGAAUUUCUUAAAAGUCAGUUUUUCCUGGAGCCACGACUUUGUCAUUAUGAACUGGUUUAAUCUUUUUGAACAGUAGUAAUUUACCUAUGUGGAGAAACCUUGAAUUUACUGUUUUAAAAACAAAUUGUUAAGUAGAAUUGUGUUGUAUUUUCUGUACAUAUCACACCCAUGAAAAUAACUCAAAAACAAAAAAGGAAAAUAAACAUGAACAUUCUUCAA